CUCAAAGUGACGCACGGGAGUGACGGGUCACUGUGGUGGAGGCUGGCUGUGGUGACUAACUGCACCGUAGGCUGUCGAGGCACCGGGGUGUUGCACCAGUUGCUUUUUGGAUCAAUGGCGUGCAGCAGGUGCUUAAAGUAUUCGCUCCUGAAAGAGAUUUCAGAGAGUUGACAGCGGCGGUCACGAGCCGGAGAACCAGUUUGAUAAACAUCAGAAUGACAGGAAUGGCUCAGCACGUCUCACCUAAAGGUUUCAGAUGCAAAGGGAGCAAAAAGAAGAAGGUUGCGCUUUCCUGUCGUGCACCUCGGUCUAAUGGAGGAGUCUGAGUCGCUGGUGGCCGCGAGGUCCGAGGAGAGGAGGCUGAACGGACAGGGCAGAUGGGGUGCUCAUGCUUUGGAUUCAGAGGCGGUGGAGGACUUCAGGCGGAGGCUCAAAUACUUCUUCAUGAACCCCUGUGAGAAGUACAGAGCCAGGGGUCGGUAUCCAUGGAAGCUGAUGUUACAGAUAUUGAAAAUCGCCAUCAUCACAUUCCAGUUGGUCUCGUUUGGCCUCAGCAACGAAAUGAUGGUCACCUUCAAAAAUGAGAAUCUGAUGACAUUCAGACAACUGUUCCUCAAAGGAUACAAGGAUCACCGUCUGGGAGGCUACGCACUGUACACGAAAGCUGACGUGUACGAUCACAUCCACUACAUUAUCGACAGGUACACCAAUCUCCAGAACCUGACAGUAGGUAAUCUUGCAUAUGAGAGGAUUGAUGGCGAGUACACGCCUCUGUCUGUCUGUCAAGUAGUUUACAGAAACAGCAGCAUUGAUCCUGGAAACGACACCUUUGACAUUGAUCCACACAUUGAUAAAGAUUGUAUUUCCAUACACCCAGUUGGGAUGUCGCCGGACAACGGCACUUUGAUGACAAACUUCUCUUUAGAUUUCAAAAGGCUGCUAUCAGUGAACGUCUACCUGACUCUGAAAACCAUCAAUCUGCAGACUGUGCGGCACCACGAGCUGCCAGACUGUUAUGACUUUCACACAAUGAUAAUGUUCGACAACCGCGCGCACAGCGGAAAGAUAAACGUGGACAUUGUGAACGAUGUCGCAAUUUAUGAGUGCAGAGACUGGAACGUGGAAGGCACCUCUGGGAAGAACGAUUAUCUCCUCCUGUCCUUUGAUUCCAUGGUCAUCCUCGCAUGUUUCACCUCUUUCAUCCUCUGCACACGGUCCGUCAUCAACGGCAUCCAACUUCAGUUUGAGUUCAACAUAUUCUUCCACGCCUACUACAAUAAAAUUGUGACUUGGUCCGAACGCAUGGAGUUCCUGAAUGGCUGGUACAUCCUCAUCAUCGUCAGCGACACGCUGACCAUCGCUGGAUCUGUGCUGAAAAUCGGAAUACAGACAAAGUUCCUGACAAACUAUGAUGUGUGUAGUAUCUUGUUGGGAACAGCCACAAUGCUCGUGUGGGUCGGCGUGAUUCGCUACUUCGGUUUCUUCAAGAAGUACAACGUAAGGACUUCCAUGGAACUGCUUUUAAGUGAACUAGCAUACAAAGAGAAACUGAGGCCGCUCAUUUCUUUCCAGAUCUUAAUCCUAACUCUGAGGGCGGCGUUGCCGAACGUGUUCAGGUUCUGCUGCUGCGCGGCCAUGAUCUACCUGGGGUACUGCUUCUGUGGCUGGAUCGUCCUCGGGCCUUACCACGAGAAAUUCCGGACGCUCGACAAGGUGUCGGAGUGCCUCUUCUCUCUGCUCAACGGCGACGACAUGUUCGCGACCUUCCUGAAGAUGAGGGACAAGUCCUACGUGGUGUGGUUUUUCAGCAGACUUUACCUCUACUCCUUCAUCUCCAUCUUCAUCUACAUGGUGCUCAGCCUGUUCAUCGCUCUCAUCAACGACACCUAUGAAACCAUCAAGCUCCAGCAGCAAGACAAGGAGCCGGUGUCCCAGCUCCAGGUCUUCAUAGCAGAGUGCAGGGACCAGCCAGAGUCUGGAAGAUACCAGACUGCUGAAGAGCCAUCGAACUGCUGUUUAUCUCCAUGUGGCUGCUUUGGAUGAAGUGUCUCCUGGGUUUUUGCUUCAAAGGACUGAAAAAUGACCCUCAGUGCUGAAAGGAGUCUUUAAUUACUGUGCAUCAAUGAGUGAUAAGAGAACUUUUACUUUAUGUAUGUAAUGUAACUUUCUGAAUCACUCAAUCCUUCUCUGUUGAACACUGUUUAAAGGACCCCAUGGUUAGAUGUUACAGUCACCACAAAAGAACCACUGUAACGUUUUGAUGUUAAUCAUUAAAGUGUGAAUAUGCACCGCAAACAUUUCCUCAUUAGUUGGGUGAGACAUUCAAAACUAGUGCGCGGCUUUAUAAGAAAGAGUCUUCACACACUAUCAAGGGUAGAAAAAAAAAAUAAUAACCAAGAGGAAUUUCCACAUGACUGCACAACAACAAAGAUAUUCUUGUCUUUUCAUAAGCAUGACAAUGCCCUGUUUAUAAUCCAUGUGGAUGAAAGUGCAUUUAUUAAAAGUGACUGUAAUGUGGCUUAGAAAACAGAAAUUUCAUUUAAAUUCCUUCUUUGUGCCCAAAUAAAUUGGAAUAACAUAUAGUUAAUAUUGACACCUUAUUACUAGCAGCCUUAUUCCUUGUGUAUAUGUGUGCGUUUGCCAUUUAAACUGAUCUUGACUCUCACUGUAAAUCUGUUUUCAUUUUAACUGGCAUCUUUGUAUUAGAGUUUUUGCAUAUUCUUAUAGUAAGCAGAAAGUGUUGUCGGUGCAGAUGUUUACUAGAAAAUAUGAAUGAAUGAAUGAAUGAAUGAAUGAAUGAAAAUAAAGGCUUUCUAGUAUAA